CGUGCGUUGGUGUAGCCCUCGCUGUACAGCGUCGGUGUUGGAGAGCGCAUCAGUCACACAGCAUGGUGUAGGUGGACGACAGCAAACGGAUAAAAAACCCCAACAAAUCUAUAUCGGGACAGCCCCAGCUGUCAGCGCCAGAAACCUGAACAGGUGGCUCCUCCGGUGUCUUAGCAGAGCGCGUCACGGCACAGAGACCCUCAACAGCUUGUCUCGCGGGCUAAUCUCCUCUCUGACGACAGUGCAUUUACCGUGUGCGCGUAAAACCGGGAGUACGGCAGGUUUGGGUUGUGGGAAUCUGAUCAGUCAUCGGGAUUUUACUCAUCAGUGUUUAUCACGAAGUUGGACUUUUGGAGAGUGCGCCUUGUUUUUGAGGUUGGACGGACAGAGUUGGAUAUAAUGACUUGGAUUUCCUAAUUUCUCCUUUGUUUUUGGAUUGUCAAGGCUGAUAACGCAGCAUGUUGCCAGAAAUAAAUAACAAGACAUCACGACCAGAGGCCUUCCCUCACCCUCACAGGCUCCCAGCAGAAGGCAACCGUAUUGGAACAAAUCGUCCCUGCUCACAGAAGUUUAAUUCCAGUGUGGGGACUCUGCCUCAGCUCGAGCCACCAGUGGUCCAGGUGAUGGUUAGCAAUGCCAAAAACCAGCAGCAGCAGUCAGACAGCAUCUUGCCCCAAAUUGCCAGCAAAGGGGGUCCAAACAACUAUCAGACACAAUCGGACGAGAGGCCAAAGCCCACUCAGCAGUUCACCACACGGUUCGGUACAACAGCUGAUAGAGUCUCAGUGUCUCGCAACAGCAGGAUUUUCAUCAACAAGCUGGAGAAAGAGAAAGCAUACGAGGGUCAAAAGUUACCCAUGUCACCUUUAGAAGCAUUGAAGAACUUCCAGGAUCGCCUGACGGAGUUUGAAAAGGAGGAAAUCAUGGAUUAUUCUGAGAUCUGGUUCCUUGGUUUGGGUUCCCAGAAAAUCGAGGGUUCCCAAGGAGCUCCACAGAACUCAGGAUAUGAUGAUGAACACGGAAGCUACAUCAGGGUGUUGCACGACCACAUUGCCUACAGGUUCGAAGUGCUGGAAGUGAUUGGGAAAGGCUCCUUCGGACAGGUCCUAAAAUGCCUGGAUCACAAGAACAAUGAACUUGUAGCCAUAAAGAUAAUCCGCAAUAAGAAAAGGUUUCAUCACCAGGCUCUCGUGGAGCUGAAGAUCUUGGAUGUGAUAAAGAGGAAAGACAAAGACAACCUCCACAAUGUCAUCCACAUGAAGGAGUACUUCUACUUCCGAAAUCACCUUUGCAUCUCCUUUGAGCUUCUGGGGGUGAACUUGUACGAGCUCAUUAAAAAAAACAACUUCCAGGGCUUCAGCCUCGCCCUUAUCCGGCGUUUCACUCAUGCGCUUCUCAGGUGCCUGCAGAUGCUGCACAGGGAGAAGAUAAUCCACUGUGACCUCAAACCGGAGAACAUCCUUCUCUCUCAAAGAGGGCCAGGCAACAUCAAGGUGGUCGACUUUGGAUCAAGCUGCUAUGAACAACAAAGAGUGUACACAUAUAUCCAGAGUCGCUUCUACCGCUCUCCAGAGGUCAUCCUGGGUCACCCUUACAGCAUGGCCAUCGAUAUGUGGAGUCUGGGCUGCAUCCUAGCUGAGCUUUACACAGGCUAUCCUCUCUUCCCUGGAGAGAGUGAAGUGGAGCAGAUAGCUUGCAUAAUGGAGGUCCUUGGAAUGCCUCCAAAUGAUUUUGUUCAGUCAGCAUCAAGAAGGAGGUUGUUCUUUGACUCUAAAGGAAACCCAAGAAACAUCACUAACAGCAAGGGGAAGAAACGGAGACCCAGUUCCAAAGAGCUUUCAGCUGUGCUGAAAACGAAUGAUGCUGUCUUCUUAGACUUCAUCAAACGCUGCCUCAGCUGGGAUCCAAGUAAGCGCAUGACUCCUGAUGAGGGGUUACAGCAUGAGUGGAUCCUACAAGGAAAUUUCAACAAAGUCCGGACCAGAACCAAGCCUGCAGCCAAGAAGACAUCAGACAGUUCGACCAGCACAGACAAACAAGCUAACAGCCAUCCUGCAGAGAUGGUCAGCUCGGAAAGCAACAGCAGCGACAAGCUGAAGAGAGACAGUUCAGAAACCGGAACAAAGAUGGCUCCCGCAGAGCGUCUGCGUCCCAUUGGGGCCUCGGCAGAAGAGGAGGUGUGUGAAAGUGAAGGCAAGCUGUCCACAGAUACCAAGCGACAGGAAUGUAGUGGAGAAAGGCCCAUACACAUCAUCAUCAAACCUCAAGAGGAAGACGACACAGAGAGGAAAGAUAUUCAGGAGCCAUCUCAGGAUUUGUCACCUGCUGUCUAACAAACAGAGAUAAACAUGCUGCAAUCAUGACAAAUGGGAACAGAGAACAUUCAAAUAACACGACUGAGAAAGCUGAUUUUGAAAACCCUGCACAUUCACAAAGUCAGUGAAACGUUACCACUGAUAGCAACAGAAAUGUGUGAUUUACACUCACACACAGAAAACGUCUCCGUUUCCACGUGCCGUGUAUAAAACACUGAUGUAUGGAUUAGAAACAACAAUCAACAGCAAAGACAGGCAUCUUUUUUUAUUGUUUAAACUAUUCAGUCGUAGUGUAUUAUUGUUUGUUUGGUGAAUCUUUGAGUUUUUAUGACAGUGAAGUCAAUCAACCAGUUGCAUUUUUGAAUGAAGUUGAGAUGCAGUUGUUAGUUUGUCUAAAUGUGUCACAAACUGUCUGCCACACAAGAAUGUACAGAUGGUACAGCUUAAACUCUCCUACUGUUUAUGAACCCCCAAAAUCUUUGCUGUGCAUUGAAAAUCUCAGAAGAGCUGAUGUGAAAAGAAAAGAACAUUGUAGAAAAAAAGAUCUGCAGAACUGUGUGGUGCAAUAAAGGCUGAGCCAAAUGUUUUCUUUUUUCAGUUGUGAUAUUCAUAAAAUAUUUCCCAUGUACAUUUUAAUUAUAGUAUGAAGUUAAUGACAUACUGAUUGUUAAUUACUUUAUCGCUAUUUAUUGUGGAAUAUAUUUGACCCUGUGUUUCAUAUUUGUUUAACAGUUUAAUUCAACAAACAUUAAAUAUUUGUAAUAGAAUUUACUGUGUACAUAUAUAUAUAUAUAUAUAUCUAUGUUUCAGCUGUAAUUUCUUAUACAUGUCAACCACAGACCAUGUUAUGAGAAAAUAUUUCAGAUACUUGUGGGGGACUUAGACAAGGUUUUACUUGUUGUGUUGUUAUUGUAUGAAGAAAUUUUGUAUGUCUGUGUUAUUACCAACAUUUUUUAUAUUAGAUACAAAAAGACAAUCCUAUUAUUGAUAGUUUGUGCCUUGCAGUAUUAGAAAUCUUGCACUUUAAUAUUGUGUGUGUACACCUGAAAUCGCUGAAUUUUACCUGACUUUCAUUUAACCUGCCAGGAUCCUUUUUAUUUUAUAAGAUCUUAUAUCUUAUAUCAUGUUACAGAAAAAAAUGAAAAAAAGAAAACUUGCAUUUUAUAAGUUUUGUUUGUUUGUUUCUUUUGUUUUGGGGUUUUUUUUUUUAGUCGCCAUAAAGAUCUGACAUAAAUUGCAGAUAAGCCCGUGCCCUCGCUUUGUGUUCGCUAAGAAGGCAGAUGUGCUGAGAUAAAGGAUUGUAGCCGAAAUAAGAAAAGUCCUGAGAAUCAUUUUUGUGUCUUUUAUGAUGGAAUAAAGACGGGAGAAAAGCUGUUUCAGAAA